CCCCCGUCACCUCCUCCUUCUCCCUCCUCCACCGCCAAUAGUUGUACCUCAACUCGCUUCUCGGCUCCUCCGGCUUCCCUCCCCUUCGUCGCUGUUAAUCAAUCCUCGUAUUGAUGCUUGACCACCCCCUCUCGCCCUGGUCAUUUAUUAUGCGCCUCCGAAUUUUGUGCCCUCGCAGCUGUGAUCUAUGAGAAGUAAUGGAUCUCUCUCGGCAGGAGUAUCCAGCGCUGCUGGCCUCUUUGCAGCCCGGCCAGGCGACCAAUGUGCUUAACGAGCGCAUUCGCACCAUUAACAAAGUCAAUGCGGACAUUGCGGACUGGCUCCAGGAACGUCGGCGCAUUGAAGAAGUAUAUGCUCAAGGCUUACGAAAACUUGCGCAUCGUCCACAGUUGGACAAUGGAGCUGCGCUGGGGAUAUUUCAAAUCCCAUGGCAACGCAUCGUUAGUGCCACUGAAUCCAUAGCGCUCUCCCAUGAAACAUUCGCGCAAAAGAUCGAUGAGGAUGUAGAACGACCUCUACGAGAUUAUAACAGCAAGAGCCGUGAACUGUCGUCGAUGCCGGGGAUCCAGAGCGAUCUUGCAGCAUUGGCCAAGAAUUACGAGACGGCGCAGAAGAAGGUCGAAAAGGCCAGGGAGAAGGGCCCCAAAGGUGCGGACAAAUUAGCCAGCGCUGUUGCCGCUGCUGAGGAGAUCAGUCAGCAGUGGGACUCAAGGGCACCGUUCGUCUUUGAACAGCUUCAGGCUGCAGAUGAAAGUCGCCUCAACCACUUGAGGGACGUGUUGACUCAAUUGGAAACCCAUGAGUCUGAUCAGGUAGAACGCAGCCGUCAAGCGGCUGAGAGUUGUUUGAACGUCCUCCUCAAUGUUGAAACAGCGGAUGAAAUCAAAACAUUUGCGGCAAAGAUCAAUGGAGGAAGACCGGUUGCUCCACGGAGGCAACAGAUCUCACCCCCUCCUGUGGCCCCGCUCUCACCUCCGCCGCGCCUUCAGGAUGAUGCUGCCAGCCAGCGCUCGGAAACGUCGGGGCCAGUCAGAGCACCUCCCGUUCCUGAGCCUCGACACAGCACUCCUCUCGGGGGUCUUAAAAGGUUAGGUACGGUCAUGAAUCGCCGUCGGAGUAUUGUACAGCCUUCUGGCGGUGGCCCAUUCUUCUCAGAAAAGAAACAUCGGAGCCCAUUUGCUUCCUUCAAGAGGGGAGACUCGCGCGAUAUGCAGAUUCCAGAGACUCCCCCAGAAGGGUCUGACCGCCCCGGAACUGCGUUGACUUCCCAUGAGGGCCAUUCUGAGACUUUGAAUGUCCCAGGCGAGUUUCCCGAGCAUGAAGAUUACAACAGAACAACGUCUAGUCCGGUCCCACAACCAGCGCCACCCCUUGCAAACGGCGAAAACUCACAUGAGACCCCUAACGAGGCAAGCUCUACUGUACCAAACGAACCACGAGUAGACUCGGAGGGAUUCUCGGAGCGACCAGACACUAUCGAUGAGAUUACACGGGCUCAGAGAGAAGCAGCUGGUUUGGAAGAAAGUGGAAUAAACUUGACCAUCAGAGACCAGCCAAUAUUCGAGGAUGAAGACCAGGCUAAACAGGCGAUGGAUGAUAUGGCUAACCAGCUUAGAAUCCGAGCUCAACAAUCCGGAUCUAGGCGCAAUGCAGGCACUCUGCGCGGUCGUCGUGACGUCCGUAAUACGGUUUUCAUUCCCAACCCUGUUCCCGGAAGCGAAAAUCCUGUCUCACCCUCAGCGUCGGAUCCUCCUGUGCCGCUCUCUCCCUCCGCGCCGUCAAGGCAUAUAAAUUCGCCUAGUAUCGCUACAGAUGAUCAUGCGCUCUCCGACACCACGUCAAUUCGCUCGGGACAUACACUGCAUAACGUAUCGAGCAUCGUCGCCCACCCUGACCUACACGGACCUGGCCUCAAUGCGUCGAUAAUAGAUACCGUCAGUGCAUGGUUCUCAGAAGGAGCUGUGACAAAAACUCACGUCGUUGGUGAACUUGCCCUUGCUUAUAAUCCUGUUCCUGACACGCCAGCGGAAACUGCUCGAGUUCGACUUGACAAUUUCCAAAUCUUGGAGAAGGUGGCUGCCAACCCACAUUUCGUGAGCGAAGAGAAGAACAAAGAGCUAUCAGAUGAGCAAAGAGGCCAGUACAAGAUCAACCUCACCGGUAUCACUCGCCCCUCUCCGACUGUGGCCUUCAAAUACCAGAUCCAUUUUGAUCCAGCAAAUGCCUCGACUUAUUGUCCAGUCAUUUUCAAACCAGUCUGGAACAUUGAAGAGAUGCAAGCUAGUGUAAUUAUUUUCUACUCCGCAAAUCCCUCAUUCCCGGCGGGCCGUUCGAUCAACGUCAAGAAUCUAGUAUUGACUGUCAACCUCGAUACAUCUCCCGUCGAAGACCGAGAAGUUGCCCAUGCCACAGCUGCUGUUAUGUAUCCUAAUACUGGAGCCACAUUCCGACGCAAGCAAUCGGCGGUGACUUGGAAGAUUCCUGAAUUGGAUGUCACAGCAGGAUCUGAUGGCAAGUUUCUCGUCCGGUUCUCGACAGCGGCCAGUGGACCCCGGAAGGGCAAAGUGGACGCAAGAUUCGAGGUGCACAGGAUUGAAGACGUGACUCAGCUAGGAAUUAGCACAGCUUCUUCACCCGAGCAAAGUCUACAGAAGAGCACGGAUCCCUUUGCUGACGACGACUCGGGCACACAGACUUCAGAUGCGGGUCCAUCUUCUGAAUGGAAGGCAGUUCCAACUCUACGCAAAUUGGUCGCAGCCAAGUAUAUCUCGUCCUGAGGCCGGAUGCGUGACGAUUCGUGGUCUGUGAAAUCUACGAUAACUAUGUACAAUGAGCCAAAUUGAGAUUCGUCCGAGAGACAGAUGGAAUACCCAGCACUACACUUUAUGGUUGUUGUAAAAGCUGUUGGACAAUUUCUUCCGUGCCGUUGCAGUGCAUGCUUUGUUGACAAUGCCCUCGUAUGGCAUUCCCACCCUUUGCUUACCCGCUCGUGUCUACCAUUACAAGCACGCAGCGCAAAUCUAUUCUCCUUCCUUAUAAAUUUUUUAUGUGGUUGUCUCUAACUGUCCUGUUUUUAUUCCCGCAACAUUCCUUUUUUGUUUUUAGCUUCUUUGCCUCCUGGUCCCAUGGCGGUGUAAAAAUAUCCUUCCUUUCUCCUUUGUCAGAGUGAGCGAAAAUGCCUUAGUUAAUGCCUUGUAAAUGUUCAAUCUCCACGUCGUGC